AAUAUGCUAAAUUUUUCAAUCAAAUCAUCUUUCUAUUACUAUUUUAAAGUGUUCUUACAUAUUUAACCAAUUAUUUAAUAUUAUAUUUCUUAAAAAAAACAUUUUUUGUUUAAAACAAUUCAAAAAUACCCGCCGUGAAAAUGACUUUUCACGCAUUUUCACGGUCCAGAAAUAAUGUUCAUCUGAUCGAAAUUUGAGGUCAGAAAAAAUUCUUUUAAUAUAAAAAUAGCAACUAUACGAUUUAACAUUUCAAGGAUAUAACUACUUAAAAAAAAAAAAAAAUGAGAAUCCCACACACGGUUCCAAAAACAACUUUUGAGGCAUACAGGUGUUCAUCAGAGACAAUUUCACUGCCUCGUGAACAAAAUAGGACACUUAAAGCAGAAAAUGAAACUUGGGACGAAAACAUUAUACCAGAAUUGAAGGUUCUUUCAUUAAAAGUAAUUGUUGAAGAAUGGGAAAAAAAUUCAAUUUUACAGGAUCUUCCAACAUCCGAGGAUAGAGAUCUUUUACUCGAAUUACUUCCCACUAAUCUACCAAUUAAAUUGAUGAUCAAAAAAAUACCAUACGAAUUCUAUUGGGAACGUGCGGCAAAAGACAGAUGGGAAUUCAAUAAUCUUGUUGAACAUGGAAAUUCUUGGCGUCAACUUUAUUGCGAACGUCAUUUUUCUGAAUAUUUGGAAUCACUGGAUAUCACCUACUUUGAUGUUGAACAAGAAGCCUGCGAAGAAGCCAUACAACUUUUACGCGAUUUCAUUUAUACUCUUAAAAUACAUUGUCUCGUGGCCACAGAAUAUCCUUUAAAAUUGUCAGGAAAGGAGAAUGAUGAAUCACAUGCAGAAACAGAAUUUCCAGUGCAACACAUUCCAAUGAAUAUAAUUCUUCCUCGACUUUCCAAUCUCAGGGAACUUGUCAUUAAUUUUGGAAUGAUUUAUUUCAAUGAUGGUUUCGAGUGGAAAGAUUUUCAAUUUUCAGUAGAGGAUUGUAGAAAUCUUGGUCGUGGUAUAAAGGACUGUUUUUGUUUAAAAAAAUUUCACCUGACAAAGAGUAAUUUGGACCAACCUCGAGUGGCAGCAUUGCUUCAAGAAAUGUCCGUGAAUAAUAGCUUGGAAGAAAUAGAUUUUUCACAUUGUAAAUUAGAAGACAAUGGUGCUCAGGCCAUUGGCCUUUUUCUGACAAUGCACAAGCGUCUUGAAAUUUUGCACUUGGCGAACAAUAAAAUUGGUCCUGUGGGAGUAGCUGGUAUUGUUUAUGGCUUACUUGAAGAAAAUUCAGUGCCACUGAAGAAUUUGAAUUUACGCCUAAAUCCUCUACAGAAUGAAGGUGGAAUGCAAAUUUGUUCAAUUUUGCUCAGGCACGCUCGUCUGGAAGUAUUGAAUAUUAGCGGAUGUGGACUUGGCCCAGAAACGGGUAUUGAAAUGGCGGAAGUCAUUGCCUCAGGUCAUAUGAAAUCCUCUAGCAUGGAACUUGAUGUGUCAAAUAAUGAUUUUGGACCAAUUGUCGGCGAACGAUUUGACAAAAGCCUCAAGAUGUGUUCAAUUAUUGUUGAAUUUGAUUCACGUUUAUGCAACUUUAACAACGAAUCACAAUAUUCAAUUAGUCAAACUGUUUUUAGAAAUAAGAUGCAGAAGGGAAAAGAUAAGAAAAAAAUGUUUCUAUCAACUUGCAACAGUAGCAUCAGUAACAUUUCCUCAUUAAUUUUAAAGUCAAGGAGUUUAAUAUCAAUAAAAAAAUAUGAUUCAAUAAUGGAAUUAUCCUCAUCAAGUACCAAUGAUGAUGAUAAUAAUAAGAAUAAUGAUCAUGAACUUUCAGAAUCAAGCACGAAAGACGUUGCCGAGGAGGACAUGGGCAGUAACGCUUUUCAAGAAUGGCGACAAGCUGACUACGAAUGAAAAUCACUCAAUCGAUAGAGAAAAAUGCCAGCACAAAUAUAGAAGAUGAAAAAAAAACAGAUAUUUUUAUUCAAAAACUCCUAAAACAAUUAUUUUCCGAAUCCUGAAUUGUUUCAUUUUUUUUUCUAUUAUUUCAUAUAAAAAAAAUAUAUAUACAGAUUUUUGUAUUUUUUUAAUUGAAAAAGUUGUACUGUGUUUUUUGUUAGUAAAGUAAAAAUAUCAAGUUCUAAAAUAACUUUAUAUUAUAUAUAUAUAACCACUAUUUUUUGAUUUUAUUUCAUGGGCUUUUGAAAAAUAUUGCAAAAACGAUGAAAUGCAACACUUUGAAGUGCUUCUAAAUUUUUAUGAAUAUACUUUAAAGGAGAUGUAUAUAAGAUUUAAUACCGCUCGUGUCCGAAUAAACCAGCGAUAAAAGUGAAAUUUAAACAGACCAUAUAA